CAUCCGUAUGAGAAAACCCUGCGCUUUCAGUCCAUCUCCCUCCGUCCUCCGAUGGGCAUGCUGCCUCCCUGCAUCCCGACUCCAUGACCGCCGCCGCCCCCUCCUCCACUCACACGCUCCGACACGCCUUCCUCCGCAUUCCCCGAUGUUCCCCUGCCACGAUACGCUCCGCCUCCGCAUACCUCCUCAUCACCCACUACUUCGCCUCCUCCACUACGCCUUCAGCCCCGAGGCCCACCCGCCGCCGCAACACCCGGCCCCGGCAGCAUCGCACGCCGCCGAGCUCUGGAUCGCUAAGGCACUCGCAUCAGCUGCCCUCUUCCGUCCGCACUGCCUCCCGGCCUUCCGCGGCCUCACGCCCUCCCAUCUUGCUGCCGUGGCCGCAGUUAGGCUCGCGCCGUGCGCUGGGUCUGCCCUCCGCAUCUUCUCCGCCCUGCACUCCCCGCCGCUCUCUGUACCCCCUUCUGAGCAGUCCUACAUCCACGUUAUCGCGUUUCUAUGCCGGUCCGGUCGCCACAGGGACGCACUCAAGCUGUUCGACCAAAUGAUGGAUCAGUCGGGGUACUUACCCGAAGCAGGGUUCUUCUCGUUCGUGGCUGGAUCCUGCACCAAUGCCGGCCUUCUUGAUGCCGCAUCGACUUUGCUCACAAAGGGCUCACGGCUUGGUUGCUGCAUUGAGCCGUAUGCAUAUAAUUACCUCUUGAACUCGUUAAUUGCCCAUGGCCGUGCGCAGGAUGCUGUUGCUUUGUUUGAGAGCUGGAUUCAGGACGGGCUAUAUUCUCCCGAUGUCUGGAGUUUUAAUGUUGUUAUUAAGGGCGUGUGUCGGAUGGGGAAUUUCCAGAAGGCACUUGAGUUAGUUGAAAGGAUGACUGAGUUUGGGUGUUCUCCGGAUACCAUCACACACAAUAUUCUUGUUGAUGGGCUAUGCAGGGCGAAGCAGGUGAACAAGGGCCAUGAGGUAUUGAGAAGGCUCCAGAGGGAUGGUGUUUGCAUGCCCAAUGCUGUGACAUACACCUCAGUAAUAUCAGGUUAUUGCAAGGCUGGCAAGAUGGAGGAUGCAAUGUCAGUAUAUAAUGACAUGCUUGAAUCUGGAACAAGACCCAACACGGUCACAUACAAUGUGCUUAUUAAUGGAUAUGGAAAGGCUUUGGACAUGGAAUCUGCAGUGAGAAUGUAUCGGCAGCUGAUUCUCCGUCACUGCCCUCCCGAUGUUGUGACAUUUAGUUCUUUGAUUGAUGGAUAUUGUCGGUGUGGACAGCUUGAUGAUGCCAAGAGGAUUUGGAAGGAGAUGGGUCUGCAUCAUAUUCAACCAAAUGUGUACACCUUCUCCAUCAUAAUACACUCACUUUGUAAGCAGAACAGAUCAGCAGAAGCUCUUGAUAUUCUAAGGGAACUGAAUAUGCGAACAGACAUUGCUCCACAGACAUUUAUAUAUAACCCAGUCAUUGAUAUACUGUGCAAGGGAGGAAAAGUGGAUGAAGCAAACUUGAUUGUAACAGACAUGAAAGAGAAAGGGUGUCAUCCUGACAAGUAUACAUAUACUAUUCUAAUAAUUGGGCACUGUAUGAAGGGUAGGAUACCAGAGGCAAUCACCCUUUUCCACAAAAUGGUGGAAGCUGGGUGUCGCCCUGACAAUAUUACAGUUAAUUCUUUUGUUAGUUGUGUUUUGAAGGCUGGGAUGCCUAAUGAGGUAGAUCAAAUCAUGCUUAUUGCUUCAGGUCAUGGUUUAGCUAGUCAGAAAGUUUCUUCUCAACAGAGCCGUAGACUAGAUAUUUCAGUUGCUGUAUAGUUGAAUUGUGCUACAAUAAAGAAUGUAGAGAAGAGACCUGAGCUGUCUCAGAUAGUCAGAUGCUUAUUGCAGCAUAGAACUGGUCAGGGGCGGAACUAGAGGCUUUUAUUGGUGUCAUUUGACACUGAUAGAUUUUGGAAAACCAAUGAAGAAACAGUAUAAUUUACUGAUUUACGGUGUAGAUGAUACUAUCCUGUAAUGGUGAUGACACCGGCAGCUUUAUUGGCUGGCUUCGCCCCUGGAACUGGGACUUCUCUAGAUGAGGAAAGGCGUGGAAUUCAUCUAAGUAAACUCAGGUGUGAAUUUUGAGAUAUUGGUUGCACCAAGGCUACCUAACUAUCAAAAAGUAGUCAAACCAAGUUGAUGCUGUGUAAAAAUGACAAAGGUAAGCUAUUUGUUGCACUGCACAUUCAGUGAAGUGGCUCGCUUAGUCCCACGAAGAGGAGUCAAACAAGUGUCCAUAGUGCUGCUCUGCCGCUGUGGUGCUACAAAACUUGCACACAAGAAUGCUGGACACACUCCUGUUAUGUAAACAUUAUAUCCAAGCAUACGUUCUGUCAGUCUCCUUGACCUUUUGCCAAGAUUCAAGAGCAGCUACAUUUGGGAGAUUGUUAACUGGAUAAUAUUGAAUUAGCAUAUGCAGACCCAUUGCUUGAAGAAUUGGGUUGAAGUAAAUUUACUCUCUAGUAGUGGUUCUGCAGUUGUAUUCUUUCUUUAGAAGCCUCGGUGCUUGAAGGAUUCGAUGGAAGUAAUUUACUUUCUAGCAGAGGUACUUCAUUUCUAUUAUUUCUUCUCUGUGUAUUGUUCACCCUCAUAUAGGUUUUUUUAGGAAAGAGUAUGCAGUAUGCACAUUGUUGUGCAUUCUUCA